UCAUCUUAGCUGCUGUCCCUGCUGCCGCUGUUGCUCUCUCGCUCUCAUCCCCCUCGUUCCGAUGGAGCGCAAACGGAUGAGGCUGGUCAGCUCAGCGGACAGAGGAGAGGAUGAAUGGAUAGCUGGCUGGAUGGAUGAGGGAAACGGAGGGAUGAGACUGUGGAGAGAGGGCUGCUGAGAAGAGAAGAGAAGAGCAGAGAAGCACAUCUGAACAACCCCUUACCCCCGCCCCCUUCUUGCCCCUCUCCGCCGCUGUCACCUUCACACUCUCAUCCCGGACCCCCUCUGCUCUCUCAGCUCACUUGCGGCUCACCUGUGUGUAUGUGUGUGUGUGCGUGUGUGCGUGCGUACGCCGCAUGUGUGUGUGUGUGUGUGCGAGUGUGCGUGCAUACCUGCGUGCCUGUGUGGACUAUUGCAUUCUGAUGCCGGACCGGUUUCUUGGAGGCUUGAGACUUUGGGGAUCUAACCGGACUGGGACUCUUUAGCUGCUGGAAGUGUGUGUUGGCCAGCGGAGCGCUUGUCGCCCAGAACAGGGUGUUGCGCAAUCCUGAGGGAGGGUGAACCUGAGCCUGUGGAUAUCUGAGGUCUUACCCUGGAGGCUGGAUGGAUGUGUUUGGAUUCUCCAAGAUGGCAAAGCUCACAGGCCAUAAGAAUAAAUCAUCGGGCUGGCCUCCGCCGACGGGCAGCUGGGCGGGCCUACAGGGGGCGCAGUACGGCUGGGACGUGGCGCGAGACACCAGGGACUGCUUCAGCAAUCACGUGACCCAGAGUAACUCUCUGGAGGAGGUGCCUCUGGAUGGAGGUCAGCUGGUCGCCCCCACCCCGCGGCGGGUGGAGAUGAGGAGGGACCCAGUGCUUGGCUUUGGCUUCGUGGCCGGCAGUGAGAAACCCGUGGUGGUCCGCUCCGUCACUCCAGGAGGUCCUUCUGAGGGAAAACUCGUUCCAGGGGAUGAGAUCAUUAUGAUCAACGACGAGCCAGUGGCCUCUGCUCCCAGGGAGAGAGUCAUCGACCUCGUCAGGAACUGCAAGGAGUCCAUCAUGUUGACGGUAGUGCAGCCGUAUCCGUGUCCCAAAUCAGCAUUUAUCAGUGCAGCCAAAAAAGCCAAAUUGAAAUCCAACCCAGUCAAAGUGCGUUUCGCCGAAGAGGUCAUCAUAAACGGCCAAGUUCCGGAUGCAGUAAAGGACAACUCUCUCCUCUUCAUGCCCAACGUUCUGAAGGUUUACCUGGAGAACGGACAGACAAAGUCCUUUCGCUUUGAUACAAGCACCUCCGUCAAGGAUGUGAUCAUGACGCUGCAGGAGAAGCUGUCCAUCAAAUGCAUUGAGCACUUCUCCCUCACGCUGGAGCAGAGAGGAGAGCAGAGAGGGGAGCAGAGAGGGGAGCAGAGAGGAGAGCCGAGAGGAGAGGCAUCCAGUAAGACGCUGCAGCUGCUGCACGAGCAGGAGAUGCUCACUCAGGUUACGCAGAGACCCGGGUCGCAUAAGAUGAAGUGUUUUUUCAGAAUCAGCUUCGUCCCAAAGGAUCCGGUUGACCUUCUCAGGAGAGAUGCAGUAGCUUUUGAAUACCUCUACGUGCAGAGCUGUAAUGAUGUAGUUCUGGAGCGAUUUGGCUCUGAGCUGAAGUAUGAUGCUGCCCUGCGCCUCGGCGCCCUGCAAAUGUACAUCCUCACCAUGAUGACCCGGCAGACCCAGAAGGUCUCUCUCAAGUACAUCCAGAAAGAGUGGGGUUUAGCAUUGUUUCUUCCUCCGUCGGUGAUGUCCCACAUGAAGGAGAAAAAUAUCAAGAAAGCUCUCACACACAUCCUGAAGACUAAUCAGAAUCUAGUGCCUCCAGGGAAGAAGAUGACGGUGCUGCAGGCAAAGGUGCACUAUCUGAAGUAUCUCAGUGAAAUGAGAUUGUAUGGUGGGAGAGUAUUCAAGUCUAUUCUCCUGCAAGGUGAGAAACAGACGGAUGUAACCCUGCUGGUUGGCCCAAGGUAUGGCAUCAGUCAUGUCAUCAACGUCAAGACCAAUCUAGUGGCUCUUUUAGCGGACUUCAGUCACGUGAACCGCAUUGAGAUCCUCACAGAGGACGAGACCAAUGUCCGGGUGGAACUGCACGUGCUGGAUGUCAAGCCGAUCACAUUGGUGAUGGAGUCAAGUGAUGCCAUGAACCUGGCCUGCAUGACGGCGGGUUACUAUCGGCUGCUCGUGGACUCCAGACGCUCGAUAUUCAACAUGGCUCACAGCAACAGCAUGGGUGACAUGGACAGUCAGGAUCGGGGGCUGGAGUGGCCGUACAGCACUUCCUUUGGAGACCUGGAGGACCCCAGUGCUCAGGGUGGCCCCAGCCAAUCCUGCCCCAGCCAAUCCUGCCCCAGAGAGUCUGACUCUGACUACCCAGAGACUCACGCAGUGGAGAACAAUCACGGCUCCCCCUUUCGCAUGGAAGUCUUCCGGCCACCUCCACCUCCGCCGGGUGGGGAGAGGCCCGGGGGGGGGAGGAGAAGCCCCUUACCCCCGCCGCUCCCCCCGCCGAGACAGAGGCCCCAAGACUCACCCCGAAACACAAAAGUUUCCUUUAUUUUCGGUGAUCCCCCCAUGGAUUCUUUGAACCCUUCGAAUCUGGGCUACCAGCAGCUCAUGGACGAGAGCCCCGAGUUGGCCGAUGAGGGCCGGUCGGCGUUCCUUCCGAGCGGCGCUGGUGGCCUCCGUGUGCCAGACGGCAUGGCGUUCUGCAAGAACGUUGUGUACAGUAACAUCGGAGAGGGACGGAUCUUCACCGGGGUUGAGGGAGCCGUGGAGGAGCCGCUCCUGCGAGACCUCUGCUACGCCGAGACCACUGACGAGGUGGAGGACGAAGACGAAGGCAGCGGCGAGGAGGACUCCACCAUCACCGAGGGAGAGGGAGAGGGAGAGGGACCCGAAGGCGAGGCGGGGGCUCUGUCGCCAUCAUCUGCCGGAAACUCCACCUUCCUGUCGCUCUCGGGCUCCAGCGAUGACAUCAUCGAUCUGACGUCACUGCCCCCCCCUGAAGGGGAGGACAACGAGGUCAGCGACGCGCUGCUGAGGACCCUCAACAUGGCCAUCGCUGCACCUCCUCCUGGCUUCAGGGACAGUUCCGACGAGGAAGGUGCAGAAGGCAAGGGCCAGCCACCGGGCUCCUGUGACCACGACGACCUCCCAGUGUCUCUGAUUGACGCGGUACCCACACACGGGGAGAGCAGCGGCAGCACAGACAGGAGGCUGGACCACGCGGUGGUGACCACGCUUCAAGCACUGGAGGCGCUCGCUGUGGCCGAGGAGCCAGCACGGCCACAGAGACCCAACAGCAGCGCAGGUCCUCACACUUACACAGUACAGUCGUACACGCAUGCGCACGCACACACACCGUACACACGCACACACGCGCACGGCCACACACACACACAUCCUGUCUGUGUGCACAAUGGAGGAAGUGCCAUAUCUCGUACAUUCAGCCCAGCAUCAUCCUCUGAUUCAGGAAACGAGACAAACUCCUCAGAGAUGACGGAGACUUCGGAGCAGGCAGCAGCCCACAAGCUCUCAGAGACUCACAUGCGCCUCCUAGUGGCCACCACCGAGGGCUACCAGCCUCUGCUGGAGGAGAAGACCGAGUUCCCCGUGUCGCCGUGCUCGCGAGCACCCAUCCCAAAGCCCCCGCGCAGUCCGCGCCAUCGCCAGGCUGAGCCGCAGUCCGCCGCAGUGCCUUCCCAGCAGACGCUACCUUCAGAUGGGAUUGAGAUGGAGCCGGAGACCAUGGAGGACAAAUCCCUGACUGACUACAUGGCGAGGGGGCAUUCGAGCACUCUGCUCAAUUCUUGCAGUGGCAAACGCCCGAGCUCUGGUGCUGGUGGAGGUAAGCACCACAAGAAAGGAGGGUAUGACCCCAACUCAGGAAAGUUCAACACCUUCACGGCCAGAGACAGCCGGCGGAGGGGCCACUUUGAUGUUGAGCGCACCUCCUUCUGUGAGAUGAUCCAGAAGCGGCAACCUUUGCCUGAGGAGGGGUUGAUGACCAGCCAGAGACACAGUAUGUUAAGCAUCCCCCACCUGGAUCGAACACCUUCAAACGAGAGCAGAGAAGAUGGCAGCGGCGCUGAUAGCGUCAACGUCACCGACCAUCAACCAAGUACUCCCCUCCCCUCCCCGUCCAAAAAGCCUCAUGAGCCCUGCCCGGUGGACUACGGUGGGGACGAGCAGCAGCACGUGCAGCCGGUGGCGAGGCCGGGUGUGGCGCGGCUGUGUGAGUACCACCUGGCCAAACGGAUCUCAACGCUGCAGAACGAGCACUCCCUGCAGAGCUCCCAGUGCUCCUCCCUGGACGCGGGCUGCAGCACGGGGAGCAGCGCCUGCGCCACCCCGACCGACUCCCCGCUCGCCGCCGCCGCGCCCGACGGCAGGCAUCUGCUCUCGGAGUCUUCGUCGUCUCUGGUCCACUGCCUCCAAGGACAGCUCCCGUCCAACAUGCACCCCCACGCCGACCCAGCCCUACUGCGCAAGAUGCUGCCGAACAUUCACCCAGCGCCCGGCUCCGACCCGGCCCUCAGUGUGCCUCGCGAGGGCACUGCGCGGAGCUCCAAGAUCAAAGAGACUACAGGUACAGCUCGCAGGAGUAACCUUUUCAGUGAUCUGCAUGCAAAACCAGGCUCUGUUAGGAAUCUAAACACAAAGGAGGGCAGCGAGGCCUAUAGGCAGCUGAUAAACUACCUGACAGUGAGUCAGAUGCACCAAGGGGGCAAACUGCAAAGCGCAGGCCUGGGGGGAGGCAGGAAGGACAGAAGGCAUUUAGUGAAUAGCCCACAGCUGCUUGAUCUUGUUAGGGGUAAGGGGAACACCAUUGCCCGAUGUCCCUGCAUGCCACCCCCACCCUCACCCUUUCUGAGCCCCCACCUAGCACAGCCCGGUUUGGCCCCCUCACAGGGCACCAGAGGGCCUCGAUUGUAUCACUCCGCCACCCUGCCUGCUAAGCUGAAGAGGAGUCCUGACUUGCAUGCUCAGAGACCCGCUACCAGCCUCGAAGUGAGCCACGGUGGGCAUCACGAGCGGAGGAGCUCGUUUUCCGGCCUGGAGGGCGAUCUAGAGCGAGGCGUCAACCCCGAGCGGCUCCUGUCUCUGGCUCAGAGGGACGGUGUCCGUGAGGGGGGGCCUUGCAGGUCGUCUUCGUCCAGGUCCCGUGGCGGCGGAGCUGACGACUGGUUCAGGUCUGACUGGAGGACGAAGCAUGUGGUCCACCAGGCACAUAAUGAUUCUCUCUGUUUCUCUGCCACCCCCAGUGUAGCUCGCUCAGAGCAGCUUGCGACAGGAGCGGGAGACCAGCCAGCGCUUUACCCUCGGCAGGUCAAAGCCUGCGCCUCCCCCGCGCCGCCCCCUCCACCUUCACCACCACCCCCUCCUCCUCCUCCUCCACCACCACCGCCGCCCCCACAAAACAGCAGGACCCUGAACGCCCAUUCCAGCGUGCCAAAACAGGAGUCGCCGAAUCCGCUCAGGCAAAACCACGUCCAGGCGCAGGUGCCACUGCUGUACCAGUGCAACUCAUCGUCCAUGAACAGCUUACGCCGGAGCCGAGAGCUCAGGAGGAGCACCAGCAACAUCACCGCAGGCUCGGGGAGUGUUGAGACGCUCUUCGAGAGAUCCAGAGGCUCCUCGGCAACCAGGUGCUCCCAGGCGCCUCCCGUUCAGCCGGUCGAAAACAAACUACAGCAGCGGCGCCCCACCAAGAAGAGGCUGUCCAAGAGCUACUCCCAGGGAUCCAUGGCCUCGCAAGCCACCUGCUGGUCCAGCGGUGGCCGGGACAGGAGGGCCUCCGUGAUGCUGCCGUUGCAGAAGGAAACCAAACAGAUGAAGGGGUCACAGAAACUGGACGCCAGUCCCUGGAGAUGCCACGGCCCCUUCAGCUACUGCUUCUUCAAGAGAAAGAGCCAGACCGAGGAGGACGACACAGACGGAGAGUCCUCCGGAAGAUUCCGGGGCGACCUGGAAGAAGCAGGGCCCUCCCAGUACAACAACCCCAACCCCGUUCUAGACACCACAGGAGAACAGCUGUACGGGGAGGUCCUGAACAACAUGAGCUUUGGCGACCGUCUGGCUCGCAUCAAUGCGCUGAAAGACCGCAUAUACUCCUACCCAGCGGGCUUUGCAGACGUGCUGCGCGACGCGAGCGAGCUCAUCGCACUGGUGCGCUCCAGUGUGGGGCGCGGUGAUCGGGGCGUGCCCCCCCUUCAGGGUCAGGAGCUCGCCCAGUACAAACAGCUGCUGUCCAUCGAGUCGAAGGAGCUGGGCCGAGCCUGUCGCCGCAUGGCCCAGGCUCACGGCAGCCCAGAGGAGAUGCUCCUGGCCGUCACCUGCAGCUUCCAGGUGCUGUGCUGCCUGUCGGAAGCCUGCAUGUGCUUGGUGCGGGGACUGGGCGCCUCGGCCUCACAACAACAGCGCGAGGUGGUGGCUAAGGUUGACGAGGUGGUGAUGAACUACAUCUGCCUGCUACGUGCCGCAGAGGCUGCCUCUGGCUGUGCCCCGGGCGACCACAGUGUUAGGGCACUGGCAAGGCACUCCAGCACUAUGUCAGCCAUCGCCAACACCCUCACCCGCUCACUGAAAACACUGCUUAGCAAAUAGUUGUCUGAAAACGUCCUUUAAGCGCGACUGCACCGUAUAUAAUCCUGACAGGACUGUGUUUUAAGAAUUCACCUUAUAUCUUCAGAAGGGGACAGUACACCUUAAAUCUGUACUACAUGUCUCCAACCCAAUCUUUUAAGGUAAACUUCACCACAGCUCUUCAGCCUGAAGUAUACACCUUUAACUUGACGAGACUACAUGUGUCUUCAUUUUAAGUGGACUGCAUGCCAUUAGGCUAGGCUGUUUUUAGGCUGACUGGAGUUCACAUUUUUAGCCAGACUGAGCGAUGUCUGCACUGACUACAUGUCUUUAGUCUGGAUUAUCUGUCACUGCGAAGCCAUACAUGGACCCAAGGGGUAACAACCCCCAUGAAAAUACAUACAUGUAAACUGCUGUAAUCAUUCUUAUUCUGUGCAUAUUUAUUUUAUAUGUAAAAAAUGUAUAUAGACAUAUAUAAGAAUCUACAAAAUGCUAAAUGCUAUCUUUAAGAAGACUUAAAGGGAAGAUUAUACUGCUAAUCUAUUCUUAAUAUCUUAAGCAAAAUGCUGUUACAUAUUUGCAACUUAAGAGGAAAAUAGGUCAAAUGGCUUUACUGAGGAGCUGAAGUUCCACAGGUGAAUAUUUAUUAGUGCUUCUUAAUGCAAUUUUAAAAUAAUCUAGUCUUUUUAACAGGCAUACAGAUACAAUUAAAUGAAAUUAGCUAAUUUAUUUAAUGCUACAGAUUAUUUAUUAAAUUCCAUGAUAUAACAUGUCAUUGUCUAUUGAUUGUUUAAUUAUUUAAUACUUUUCUAACUAUUGUGUUUUAUCUUUACUUUUGAAAUAUUGGUUAUGUGUCCCCAUCACUUUAUGAAAAACAUUGCUGUGUUUAUGCAAACAUUUCACAGAUCACAUUGCCCACAUUAUAAUUUGAAUGUCUCGCACUUUACCACAGCAAUCUUCUCAGCACUCGGAUCCAAUAAAAAUAUUUAAAGACUUAAACACUGAAAUACCUUUUAUUUUCCUGUGUCUACAAUUAUACACAAAUUCUCUGUAAUGUAUCUAUUUAGUUCUACUGCAUUUCAGAACUCUACUAAACAACUACACAUAAAAUAUCUUCAGUUAGGAAUAUAAUUCCCCCAAAGAGUUGUUCUAGUUUAAUGAUGAAAUGUUAACAUGAAAACAGAUGUGGCUGGAGGCUGACAACAGAGCACAUGACUCUGAGAACACUGUGAGAAAAGUGCCCUGUUUGCUCUGUUAUCGUUCUGUUAUGUCUUAAACCUGCCUAGAUGCACAUGGGAAAGUUGAUAAGGCAAUAGAGGUAUCUCUCGGGUGUUUACAGACACUGAUUUCCAAGGACAGCAACUGCUUUCUCAGUGUGUAAGACAGGAAGACAGGACAUGGCCACACUCACAAAGCCUCUUCUGAGACCAGCGUCUCAGCUGACUCCACACGCGCUGCACAAUCAAGUUAAGGACUGCACUUCUGAAGUUUGGUGGCUUGGACACUGCUACUGACCUGAACAGUGAUGAUUUUGUUGAGACCAAUGCAUUUAGUGGUAUCUUAAAAUACCUCUCCAGUUCUCAACUAGGGAGGACAAAGGCAGCUUCACAAACUUUGUAGAGAUUUUUUGGGAGAAAUUAAAUGAAGCUAUGUCCUGACCAUUAUGCUGUAACAGUUAGUGAUUACAAAAAUAAAAGAGAAAAAAGACCAUUCUUGACUUAAGAGACAGAUUCUACCCUUUAAUUACUCAUUCAAACGUUUUGGUCAAUUUAAUUUUACCAUAUUGUACCAGCAAUUAUGGUUGUGCAUAUCCAGAUACACUACAGUGACCGUAAAAAGACAGAAAAUGCAACAUGCUUGGCGCAUUUAGACAAUUUGACAGCUGUAAUCUACUUUUGGACAGUAUGCAGUGGCUUAUUUCAGGCAAUAAAAUGAAUAGCAAAAACA